CUCCUGGCCCUCACCACCUCACCGCCUUGCAAAAUGAGGAGCACGCUGCUGGCCCUCGCCGCGCUCGCCCUGCUGGCUGCGGCACGCCAAGCUCAGGGCGAGGGCAGCGCCGUGAAGCUCUGCGGCAGAGACUUCGUCAGAGCCAUCGUCUUCACCUGCGGCGGCUCGCGGUGGAGAAGGGACUUGGCCGAUUAUCAGUACCUGUUUGAGAGUGAAAACCCCCUGCCCUCCUCCGAGGGGAACGGUUACGCAGAUCCCUUGACAUACACGGACCGGAGGCUGGGGACUGACAGCGAGGAAAUCCUUAACGCCAAGCCCGAGACGAAGCGAGACGUGCAGCGCCCCAGGAAGAUGUCGAUGCUGAGAAAGCGCGAAGUGGCCAAGUUGCUCACCACAUCCUGCUGCAGCGUCGGCUGCAGCGAGAGAGACAUAAGCUCGCUGUGCUAAAAGGCAGCAGAUGCUGAUGAGGCUCGCUGCCAUAGCUUCCAUGGAUUAAAAUCAUCAUGACAUAAACACGG